AUGUUUUUUGUGAGAUGUGUAGAAUUUGGUAUCAUGAAAAGAAGAGAGCGUAGUUGGAUGUAUGAUAGACUUGAUGGGCGCAAUCUUAAGCCCGACUUUCUCAAGGGGGUUGAAGAGUUCAUUGAGUUUUGCAAAGAGCAUCCAACCUGCAAUGAUGGUGACAAAAUAAGAUGCCCAUUCCCCCUGUGUGAUAAUAGACGUUUCCAUGAUACUGAAACAGUUAGAGUACAUUUGUACAAGAAGGGGUUUGUUCGUAAUUACUAUCAAUGGAUAUGUCAAGGGGAAAGCUUAGUAGAGUCCUCGCGUGUUCAGCCAAAUCCAUAUCGGGAUAUGGUUAUUGAUGCUCUUGGAAAUAAUCAAGAGCAUUUGUUGAAUGAAAAGAGUAAUUCAGUUGAAGAAGAACCAAAUGAUGAAGCUAAGAAGUUUAUUGACCUUCUAAAGGUAGCUGGAGAUCCAUUAUGUGAAGGGAGCAAACUAUCUGUGUUGGAGAUGGCAUCAAGAAUUGCAAGUUUGAAAUGUGAAUUCAACUUACAACACAGGUGUGUGGAUGAGUUUGCAUCUUUGUUCAAUGAUGCGAUUCCAAAUAACAACCAAAUGGGUAGAACUUUCAAUAGCACAAAGAAGGUUCUUGAGGGCUUGGAACUUCCUCAUGAGAGGAUCCACACAUGUCCUAAAGGUUGUUUGCUCUUCUGGAAAGGCGAUGCACAUUUAGAUAAAUGUAGAGUAUGUGGAAGUGAUCGGUAUAAGAAGACUAAAAAGGGCAAGCUUAUUCCAUCAAAAGUUCUAAUCUAUUUUUCAAUCACACCGAGGUUGCAAAGGUUGUAUGCUACCAAGAACAUUUCGGAGGAUAUGACUUGGCAUGCCAAGAAUCCCGGAGUUCAAAACACCUUCGCACAUCCUAGUGAUAGUGAAGCGUGGAAGCACUUGGAUACAACCUUUCCUAAUUUCGCAUCAGAGCCACGAAAUGUCAGGCUUGGUUUGUGCACGGAUGGAUUUGCCCCCCAUGGUAAAUUUGGAUCCCAAUAUUCAUGUUGGCCAGUUAUUCUUACACCAUACAAUUUGCCUCCAUCGAUGUGUAUGAAAAGACCAUUCAUGUUCCUUUCUUUGCUCGUUCCCGGUCCUAAAAAUCCUAAAGGAAACUUGGAUGUGUACAUGCAACCACUCAUUGAAGAGUUGAAACAGUUAUGGGAGGUUGGGGCUAUGACUUAUGACAUCUCAAGCAAGCAGAAUUUGAACCUCCGCGCAGCCAUUUUGUGGACUAUUAGUGAUUUCCCUACAUAUGGCAUGCUAUCUGGAUGGUCCACUGCUGGAAAGAAGGCUUGCCCUUAUUGUAUGGAUAAAAGCAGGUCAUUUUGGCUUGAACAUGGAGGUAAAGUUUCAUGGUUUGAUUGCCAUCGACAAUUCCUUCCACAUGAUCACCCUUUUCGAAAGAAUAAAACAGCUUUCUGCAAAAACAAAGUUGAACAUGGCAUGGGUCCGCAUAUAAUGUGUGGAGAAGAAUUGUGGCAAUGUGUGAAGGACUUGCCAAAAGCAACUGAUGGUCCUGAAGCUCUUAAGAAGUUGAAGAGUGCCAAAAAGGGUUGGUUCAAACAAAGUAUUCUAUGGGAACUCCCAUAUUGGAAGGAUUUGCUUAUUUGUUACAACUUGGAUGUCAUGCACAUUGAAAAGAACUUUUUUGACCAACUCAUAAACACUGUGAUGGAUGUGAAAGGCAGCACCUCGGACACCACUAGUGCAAGGAAAGAUAUGGCUAAGUAUUGUAAACGUCGACAGUUAGAGCUUGAAAAUGGAAAUCAAACCAUGCCCAAAGCACCUUUUUCACCUGACAAGGCUCAAAAGAAGGUGUUAUGUGAAUGGGUCCGAGACUUGAAAUUCCCGGAUGCUUAUGCUUCAAACUUGAGCAGGUGUGUUAAUCUUCAAUCAUGCAAGCUGUAUGGAAUGAAGAGCCACGAUUGUCAUGUCUUCAUGGAGAGGUUGCUUCCGGUUGCUUUGAAGGAGUUGCUUUGA